CUGGUUCUGUGUAUAGUCUGAGAGGUGCUGUCAAAAAAUGGCAACAGAGAGGACUUGUAUGAGUGCAGGUCAGCAGAGCAGCUUUCUGCUGCGAGCCACGCUGCUGUACAUGCUGCUCUGCAGCCCCCAACACGUGCGCUCUGACUCGGACGAGGCGGUCCUGACUGAGUGGGAAAUUUGGAAAAGCAUCAAUGGCAUAAACUACGAGGAACGAGAUGACAUGCAGAGGAGAGCUAUCUGGGAGGAGAAUCACAGGAUGAUCAACGAUCACAACCAACGGUUUCUCACGGGGAAGAGGCCUUUCUCUAUGGGCAUGAAUAAAUAUGGAGACUUAACAGGACAGGAGUACAGAGUUCUGCAAGGAGCUGUGAUGAACGCCCAGUUCGUAAAGAGAGGAAAGGAAGUCUCUGCCCGCCGGCUGCGUUACAAUGCAAGGAAAUCAGAGGCUGGGUUUGUUGACUACAGAAACAUGGGCUAUGUCACUGAAGUUAAAGACCAGGGUUACUGUGGUUCUUGUUGGGCUUUCAGCACAACAGGAGCGAUAGAAGGACAAAUCGUCAAGAAAACAGGGCAGCUUUUAUCUCUGAGUGAACAAAACCUGGUGGACUGUUCAAGACCUUAUGGUACCCAUGGGUGCAGUGGUGCCUGGAUGGCCAGUGCCUAUGACUAUGUGCUCAGCAAUGGGCUGCAGACGACAGACAGCUACCCGUACACGUCGGUGGACACACAGCCUUGUUUCUAUGACAGCAGGCUUGCUGUGGCUCACAUCAAAGACUACAGAUUCAUCCCACAGGGAGAUGAACAGGCUCUGGCUGAUGCCGUGGCAACCAUUGGCCCGAUCACCGUGGCGAUUGAUGCUGAUCAUGCAAGUUUCCUGUUCUACAGCUCAGGAAUUUAUGACGAGCCCAACUGCGACCCAAACCGUCUGAGUCACGCAGUCCUGCUGGUUGGCUAUGGCUCAGAAGAGGGACAGGACUACUGGAUCAUUAAAAACAGUUGGGGAAGCAGCUGGGGUGAAGGCGGCUACAUGCGGAUCAUCCGGAAUGGAAGCAACACCUGUGGCAUUGCUAGUUAUGCCUUGUAUCCAAUAUUGUGAUGAUGAUUUUUACUGCUGAAUUCUUCCACAAGACUGGAGCUCCUCAAGAGCUGUCAGCAAACACCUCGUCUUAGUUCUUCCCCAUCUCAUUUCCAGACGUUUGAGCAACGAUUCUGUUUACGGCCGCUUCUUUUAGAGAUGCAGAACACACGGGGAAACCUUCAGAUGUACAUAAUUUUAAAUGCAAAAAGAAAAAGCAGCUUCUUUUGGGGAGUUCAAUUAGCCUCUUAUAAACAUGUCAAAAUAUUUUAGUGGAGUUGACAUGUCUCUAAUCCCUUUUUUUCCUUUCCUUUUCUUUCUUCUGAGAUGUUCUCUGGCGCAUUUUCAGCUGCCCGUCCAUUAAAGCUUCUUAAUCAUA